GACUCCAAACCGCAGCUUUCACGAACUGCACCGUUGUAUCGAAACCCAAGCACAGACCCCGUAAUUGCCGUAGCGAGCAAGAGGGGCCGGGCGAAGGUGGCACAAGCGCAAACUCGUUGAUUCGAUCCUCUUUUCCUCGCCACGCGCCAUGGCCGUGACGAACUCCUCUAAACCGAAACCGGCAGCGGCGGCUCCCGCGGAUGCUGCGGGAGCGGCAUCGGCGCCGUCAAACCCGUUUUUAGAGCUCUGCAUCCACGUGGAAAAGCCCAGACCGUACGAUCGCGUGCUCCUCGUACGUAAAGCAGCACCCUCUUCCUUGCUUGCAGGAGCCCCCCGCGCGGGUGCCGGGGGCGGCGGAGAGGGAGAGCAGGCGGACGGGAAAGGGGGGGAGGCGGAAGCGGAGUGGGGAGAGCAGGGGCAGGAGGCGCAAGAAGCGGAGGGGGCGGGAAGGGGGAGCGAGGCUGGCCGGGCGCUGGAGGUGCACGGCCUACCGUGCCGUUGGCGAAACGAGCGAAAGCUGCGUGCCAUGUUUGCGAAGUUUGGCGACGUAUCGCAUGUGGUUGUGCAAGGGGACGAGGCGGAGGACAGCAGGCCGCAGCAUUGGCAGCACCAUCCCGCCGCCAUUCCCACCGCCAUAGUAGUCUUCGCACGGCCAGAGUCCCUCCGGCGCCUCUUAAAGACCGCGUCCCAGUCCGCGUCCCCCAAGCCGUCUCUUAAAUCCAAGGCCAAGUCUAAGGCGACUAUUACCGAUUCCGACCUACCGACACAGGAUGGGGAGGCGGAAGGGAAGGGGGAGGCGGAAGGGGAAGGGGAGGCGGAGGGGGAAGAGGCGCAGCAGCCCCUGUGGCCUGCAUGGGGAAUGGAAGGAUGGUUGAAUGCAUAUGCAGAUCAACGGCCAGGAUUGGCGCAUCUGCAGGCUGAGGCAGAUGCUUACAUCAGCGAGUACGAGGACAGGCUUGAGAGGGAGCGCCGUGAGGCGGAGGAGAGAGCACGCAGGUCGCAAGAGGAGGACGGCUGGACUGUGGUGCGUUCGACCUCUGCAUCUCGCCGCAAUCGCGACCCGUCUUCCGGGGUCUCCAUGGGGGUCAUCUCCAAGGCACGCGCUCAGUUCCUGGGAGCCAAGCUGCAGCAGAAGCAGAAGAAGCAGCAGGCUGCAGCAGCUGAAGCCCUCAAGUUCUACCGCUUCCAGCACAGAGAGGCGCGGAGGCAAGAGCUUAUGGAUCUCCAGAAGAAGUUUGACAGCGAUCGCAAGCGCAUUGCCAAGCUUCGAGACGCUCGCAAGUUUCGUCCGUACUAACUGCAGCCUUCUACCUGUAUUCUGUUGAGCCUUGAACAGUGACUGUAUUUGUAUCUGUAGAACGAUUAGGAAUUGGGAAGGUGUGGCUGCUUCAAAUGCAGUGUUAGUAGUGGCUGGGCCAUGUUUUAGUCCUUACCAGCUAUGAAGUGGCUGGGCCAUGUUUCCGUGACUUUGGUCGGUGAAAUGCUGCAAUGGGCUUGGGGAAAUGGUGUACAGCAGUUACUACUAGUGUGUUCUAUUGUAUCUACCAAU